AUGGCUAUCGAUAUCUUCACCGUGAGCUGCGCAUGCAUCCUACUUUCGGCACCACCGGCUCAUCUUAUUGUUCCGCCUAAGACAGCAGUGUUAUCUGGAUUUGAACCUGCUGCUAUCGGCUCCUACCGUGAACUCGUCUGUGAUGCGUCUCAACCUGAUGCCGGGAGCAUAGCGUAUAAGUGGUAUAAAUACUCGGUGGUUAAUGGUGUAGAGAAUUGGGAACACAAAGGACCCAUUGGUACAAGUCAGAAGUAUAUCUUCAAUCCAGUGACUGAGAGGAAAGUGUUCCCCACAGGUAUCUUUGAAGAGCCUGUCAGUGGAAAGUACAAGUGUCGAGCAUCGAACUCGGCCGGAACAAGGGACAGUGAAUGGAGAGAUCUGUAUGUCUAUACACCAUGUUCAUUGUAUAUUGUGAGUGUUUCUCCACCCAAACCUGCCAUCGGAAGUACAUUCACCCUCAACUGUGACAUACCCAAUCCAAGUGGGUUGACUGUGAAGUGGUUAAAGAGGGCUGAUGCUUCAUCUCCAGCUGAAGAUGUAGCAGUAGCAAAUAGCAAGGGAUGCCAUGCUCCAAGUAACCCACGCUACAGUUGGAGCAGCUGCAGUCCACCACACAUCUCAUCACCGACAAAGACAUUUAAUCUACAAGUCACCAAUGCUCAGCCUUCUGAUUUUGCUUACUGGAUUUGUAAGGAUGUUGGUCUAAGCUGCAACAGUAACCCAGUCAAGCCAGUGGUGCAAGCGCCCCCAGGCACGCCACGGAUCACCGGUUUCCCAUCUGGACCAGUCAUUGCUGGAGCACAGCUCAACUUGAAGUGUGUGGCCUCCCCUCCUGGAGAUACCUACGACUGGUAUAAAGAUGGUACAAAGGUUACAACAUCAUUGAGUUACGACUUCCAAGUGACGAAGGAUAGUGCUGGUGUUUACAAAUGCGUGGCGAGAAAUGAUGUCGGGUCUGCUUCAAGCAGUGACAAGACAUUAGUCGUUUAUUACAAGGCUGAUUCCGUGGUCGUGUCAUCGGGAAAGACCUCGUCCCAUGUUGGAGAGAAGGACAAGUUCACCUGCACAGUCUCUGGCGGCAACCCCACCCCGAACGUGAAGCUCUACUUCAAGAGGUCAGGCGGAACACCAGUAGAGGUCACCCAAGGUCAAGACAGGGUGAUGGUCAAAGAAGACAACCAGGCUGAGUACUACUGUGUGGCGAAGGUUACUGGGUAUCCCGCCUUGGAUAUGGCUUCAGGCAUAAAGACAUACAGUGUAAUAUACCCAGCAACUGCUAGAUUAUCAUCAGCCCCGACUACAGUGAGAGAAGGUGGUUCUGUCAUAUUGACAUGUGAAGCAAGCGGGGGUAACCCGACAGUGUACACCUACAUAUGGUAUUAUAAAAGGACACAGAUACCUGAUUUGACUUCAAGAGAAUACAGAAUACUAUCUAUACAAUACACGGAGGCUGGGGACUAUCAUUGUCGAGUGGUUAACUAUUCGCCAGGGGGCAUAGCCGAUGCAUCUGCGAAGAUUAAUGUUUUUUACAAAGCAAAAUGGGAUCCCAGUCUGCCGAGACUCUUCACCGUUGAAAGCAAACCAUCACGACCAGUCAGGUUUACACUCCACGUCAUCGCCAACCCUCGACCAACUGAUGUUACGUGGUAUCACCCAAAUCACAAGAUGGCAUCUGGGGAAAACUUCAUCCCCGCGGACGAAAAUGGGACAUACACACUGAGCAAGGGAUCUGUAGGGACUCAAGACUAUGGGAACUACAUCGUCAAAGUGACUAACACAGCUGGAGUUUCAUACUUUGUCUUUGAGCUACUUCGGCCAGCUCUUCCGAGUAUCCCCACAUAUACGCUCAUUCGGAAAGAAAAAUUGGUGACCGUGGUGUUCUCGGCGUCUCUGAAGGAGCCAUACACCAAGUUUGAGUUCAAGUUCUGCUUGCCAGGGCAGGCGCCAAACACGACAGGAUGUAACAGGUCUUUCGUCCCUAUCCAAGAUCCUGCAAGAACAAACUACACAAUUCAUGUGACACAUGCGACAACGACUUAUGUUUUCUAUUUGGAUUUCUAUGAUGGGGAUGAUGUUAUUUAUACUUCUGGACCUGUGCUCCCUGAGAAUGCUGGACAAAGCACGACCGUGUCUGCUGGAAGAAGUCCUGUGCUUCCUGAUAAUGUUGGACAACCAACUACCGUGCCUGCUGGAAGUAGUCCUGAUGGUGGCAUGAUAGCUGGUGUGGUUGUAGCCGUCGUCAUAGUUAUAGCUGUGGUCAUGGUCGUGGUUGUCGUUCUACAUAGGAGGAACAUGGCAUGCCUCGCUGGUCGAAAUAAACCUGAGGGAUCGAAAGCGGAUGAUGUGAGAACUGGCACUCCCCAACCUAAAUCCGUUUUUCACGACCCUGUUUACAUGAACGUCGUCAACAGGUCAUUUGAAGGUGACGAUAUUCAACCUGGGCCGGUUUAUGUGAAUGGUCCUAAACAGGUUUCUGUUAAAGAAGUGAUUUACGACGAUACAAAUCUGACCGAGAAGCCAAGUGGCGAAGAUGCUGGUCGGAAAGUCGAAGAUAUGUCAGUCGAAGAUUUCAAACAGUGGCUCCUAUCAAAAUACGUGACAGAAUCAACUUACGAAUGCCUAGCUAAGAACGGGUUCAACGAUGCACGAUUCUUCCUCAUACUACAGCGAGAGGACAUAGAAAAAAUGAAAAUUGAGCCCUUGGCUCAGGAGGCCUUGAUACGUAAAUUGGUGAAGGAUAUCAAUGAUAUCAGGCAGAGUACGAGUGAGAGCAGCGAAGGAAAGAAAACUGGAGGUCCCACAGGCAAGUACCACUAUCAGGCGUGCAAACGUCAGUCUGGGUUGUUGUAUUGA